UUUCUUCGUUCUCUCUCUUCUCCUCCUUCGGCCUUUUCAGUCUGAGCGGCAACCGGAGAAAGCAGAGAGAGCCAUGGAAACGAAUCUUCUCCGCAAAUCUCAGCACUUUCUCCCAUUCAAUCCAAUCUUCGAUGGAGAAAGCUCUUUCCGCAGUAGUCACAUUGUUCUGAACAAAGCCCAGAGCACGAAACCCGUAAUUUUCUCGGGGAAGAGGAAGCGGCGAAACGGGUCGCAGAGGCUGGUGAAGUUCGUGCUGGAAUCGAUACCCGUCGUGGCAUCGUCGCUCAAGAUUCUGCCGCAGCCGCUGGAUGUGAUAGUCGGAGAAUUGAUCGGCGGUGGGGACGGGAACAGGGGAGGCUGGGGCUUCCGGAGAAGCUUCGGCAGCGACGGUUGGUUCGACGGGUGGAGGAGGAGAGGGACUACGAGGAAGCUGGGGUUUUGGUGGGUCAUACCGGUGUUUGGAUUGGGAUUGGUGUUGGGUAGGGAGGUUGGGAGUGAUCUCAUUCUCAUGUAUUGUGUUUUGGGGCUUGGAUUGUUUUCGUUUGCUUUGGUUGAACUCAGGAGCAGGAAAGCAAUUAGGGAUGGGAUCUUAGGUCUCUGCUGUUUCGGGAUCUUGGCGAUUUUUGGACUGAGAGCAGAAGCGAUGAAGAACUGGGUUCGGGAUUUUCAGGUUCGUUCGCCAUCGAUGAAGAGAUUCAAGGGAGGAAGACGAAAGAGUAGGGCUUUGUAGAUGAAUUCUUUGCAUUUGAUUAUUUCUUGUAUGAGAGAAGAUGAGAUGUUUCUGUUUGUUCAAAUUUCAAAUGAGAAAGGGGUCAGUCGGUUUCAA